CAAAAAGAAAAACAGAGAGUUGGGAGAGUUUGGUUUAGUUCGCCCCCUUACCUCUAAAUUCAUAUAUAUUUUCCUUACCUUCCUUUCUCCUAUCUUCCCCUACGCUUCCAUUACAAGCCUUGUUUAUUCUUCCUACCUCCAAAUCGAUCCAACCAACUAUCGAUCUCUCACCUCGUCGUUUUCACAAGGAAUUAUGUCGUUUAUGAGAAACUUUCGACCUCAAUGGGGAACAAUCGAUGAUGAGUAUUGGUCUUCUUUAAGUAGAAACAAUUUCAGUAAUAAUACUAUUAACAGCCGGAGUAGGAGCAGAAACAAUGGUUAUACGAGGAGUUUUAACAACCCUCAUGACGUUACAGGCAGGCAUAACAGGGAUAUAUUCAAUUAUUCUAAUUAUGUUAAGCCUGAUCAUAGUCAAGGACCCUCUUCCAAGAGGAGAAAAUUUUCUGAUUCUACUUGGGUAGAUAAUAGUAGUGGAAGACCUCAUUUGCCACCCAAUGCUUAUGAUUGUGCUCCAUCUACCUGUUUUGAUUCUGUGCAUCCUGCUAGAUUCAAUUCUGAUGUCACUCCGUCCACUUCCUGUAAACGGGAUCGGUCAAAAUUGGAUGAGGAUGAAGAACUGGUUUUUAUGUCUAGGGAUGACAUUGACAGACACUCCCCGUCGAGAAAAGAUGGUAUAGAUGCUAUGCGUGAGACACACUUGCGGUACUCGUAUUGUGCCUUCAUUCAGAAUCUUGGCUUGCGGCUUGAGUUGCCACAAACUACUAUUGGUACUGCUAUGGUAUUGUGCCACCGAUUUUUUGUUAGGCGAUCGCAUGCUUCCCAUGAUAGAUUUUUGAUUGCUACUGCGGCUGUUUUUCUUGCUGCUAAGUCUGAGGAGACAGCGCGUCCUUUGAAUAACGUGCUACGAGCAUCUUGUGAACUAUUCCAUAAGCAGGAUAUGACUUUUUUAUCUUAUCUGCUCCCUGUUGACUGGUUUGAGCAGUAUAGGGAACGGGUGAUUGAAGCUGAAACUAUGAUACUGACUACUUUAAACUUUGAAUUGAAUGUGCAUCAUCCAUAUGCUCCUCUUACGUCUGUUCUUAACAAAUUAGGUCUUUCACAAACAGUGUUGGUGAAUCUGGCUCUGAAUUUGAUCAGUGAAGGGUGCUAUAUGUUUGGUUACUUUCAUGAAUCCUUCUCUGUAUUUUACCAAGUAGUCUUAUACAAAUGUAGUGUAAGGAAUAGAUUUUUGACACUGGAUGCUAGGGUCUCGAGAGAACUGCCAAUUCUUGAUUUGUGGAGGAGGCUUAUUCCUUGGUAGAGAAUGCACUGGUUUCUUUCCUGCUCUCUAAUGGUUCAAAACUGUGUUGCUUGUGUCAUUAAUUUCUUCUUUAGAGCAACUUCUGUGUAGAUAUGAUGGGUUAUUGAUUUUUUUGGCAUGCAUAUAAUUGCAGGAUCACAAGAUUAGCGUGCUGCCCUGUUUGAUAUUCUUAGCUGGAGGAUUGAUAUGCUGUUCUUGGAAAGAUUUGUUUUUUGUUUUUUAGCAUCUGAAGUAAAAAUUGCCAUUAUAAAUAUAGCCUCAUGAAGAUGGCAGUCAGCUACUGGAUGUAGCACUAACCACAGAACCCAAAUUACUUAUCUACUUAACUUCUAACUUUGUGUGAUUUUCUUGGUAUAAAUCCUCACAAGUACCAUACAGACAUAGAGUCUGUAACAUAGAGCUGCCUGGCGCUGGGUUGUUGGUCCAGGUUUGCUUUCUUUCAAUUUGGGGGUAGGUAGAGGCAUAUCAUAUGUGGUGGUGUGCUGGUAUUUUAUAUUGGUUGGAAAGUAAGCUUUUUUUUACAUAUAAAAUUUAUUUCACGGCAACGUGUUAAAUUAUCUAGUCCCCUAGUUAAUAAAAAACUUAAUAGGUACAAAAGGAUAGUGGUUUAGGCAAUUUACUAUAUGGGUUAUGGGGAGGAACCGUAGCUGGUUGCUUUUAUUUUGACAUAUUGAAAAGAAAAAAUUAUUUUUACAUGCUGUCAAGUUUAAGUAAUUGUUGACUCUACUCUUUUGACUAUAUUAUUCAUCUAACUCUAUUUUUUUAUGAGUAAUGAUUGGGAAAUGGGGCUCCAAUCAUCUCAAAACUAAUGCAUGGGAUGCCAUCAGAAUUUUGCAAAUGAGCGAGCUUGGGUGAUAGUAUUACUAGGAUGGGUGACCUCUUAGAAAGUCCCCGUCUUGCAUCCCUAAAUUAAAAAAAUAAAACAAAAAUUAUAAUAUUUAUUGUAACUACUUAUAUUUUUUU